CCCCCGCGGGCCGCGUUCUCAGCCCCGUGCCGGGCGGUCCCUGGAACUGCGCGGCCCGAGGGGGCGGCCGGGCCUCGCGCGCUCCCUGCCUGCGUCCCCGGGUCGGGGGCGGAUGGGCGGCCGCGGGCCGCGGGGCAGCAGCCGGGGUGCACGCGGAGCCGGGAGCGGCGGGGCGGGCGAGGCCGGAGCGGCCGGGCAGAGAGCAGGCCGGCGGCGGGGAGGCGCCCGCGUCCGAGCCCCGGGCCGGGCCUGAGCGCCGCGAGGGCCCCGCGCCGCCGCCGCCGCCGCCGCCGCCGCCGCCGCCGCCGCGGCCGCCGCGCCAUGGCGGAGACCAAGAUCAUCUAUCACAUGGACGAGGAGGAGACGCCGUACCUGGUCAAGCUGCCCGUGGCGCCCGAGCGCGUCACGCUGGCCGACUUCAAGAAUGUGCUCAGCAACCGGCCGGUGCACGCCUACAAAUUCUUUUUCAAGUCCAUGGACCAGGACUUCGGGGUGGUCAAGGAGGAGAUCUCUGCCGAUAACGCCAGGCUGCCCUGCUUCAACGGCCGCGUGGUCUCCUGGCUGGUCCUGGCCGAGGGCGCACACUCGGAUGCGGGCUCUCAGGCCGCCGAUGGCCACAACGACCUGCCCCCACCCCUCGAGCGCAUGGGUGGCAUCGGGGACUCCCGGCCCCCCUCUUUCCACCCGAACGUGGCCAGCAGCCGUGACGGAAUGGACAACGAGACCGGCACAGAGUCCAUGGUCAGCCACCGGCGCGAGCGAGCCCGACGCCGGAACCGGGAAGAGGCCGCGCGGGCCAACGGGCACCCGAGGGGGGACCGGCGGCGAGACCUGGGGCUGCCCCCUGACAGCGCGUCCACCGUGCUGAGCAGCGAGCUCGAGUCCAGCAGCUUCGUUGACUCCGAUGAGGACGACAACACGAGCCGGCUGAGCAGCUCCACGGAGCAGAGCACCUCAUCUCGGCUCAUCCGGAAGCACAAGCGGCGGCGGCGGAAGCAGCGCCUGAGGCAGGCAGACCGUGCCUCGUCCUUCAGCAGCAUCACAGACUCCACCAUGUCCCUGAACAUUGUCACCGUUACGCUCAACAUGGAAAGGCACCAUUUCCUGGGCAUCAGCAUCGUGGGUCAGAGCAACGACCGCGGGGACGGCGGCAUCUACAUCGGCUCCAUCAUGAAGGGCGGGGCCGUGGCUGCCGACGGCCGCAUCGAGCCGGGCGACAUGCUGCUGCAGGUGAACGAUGUCAACUUUGAGAACAUGAGCAACGACGACGCCGUGCGGGUGCUGCGGGAGAUCGUGUCCCAGACGGGGCCCAUCAGCCUCACGGUGGCCAAGUGCUGGGACCCAACGCCCCGCAGCUACUUCACCGUCCCGCGGGCUGACCCCGUUCGGCCCAUCGACCCGGCCGCCUGGCUGUCCCACACGGCGGCGCUGACCGGAGCCCUGCCCCGCUACGGUACGAGCCCCGGCUCCAGCGCCGCCACACGCACCAGCUCCUCCUCACUAACCAGCUCUGUGCCUGGCGCCCCACAGCUGGAGGAGGCACCGCUGACCGUGAAGAGCGACAUGGCCGCCGUGGUCCGCGUCAUGCAGCUGCCGGACUCCGGGCUGGAGAUCCGCGACCGGAUGUGGCUCAAGAUCACCAUCGCCAACGCCGUCAUCGGCGCGGACGUGGUGGACUGGCUGUACACGCAUGUGGAAGGCUUCAAGGAGCGGCGGGAGGCGCGCAAGUACGCCAGCAGCAUGCUGAAGCGCGGCUUCCUGCGCCACACCGUGAACAAGGUCACCUUCUCCGAGCAGUGCUACUACGUCUUCGGGGACCUGUGCAGCAAUCUCGAAGCCCUGAACCUCAACAGCGGCUCCAGCGGGGCCUCGGACCAGGACACGCUGGCCCCGCUGCCCCACCCGGCUCCCUGGCCCCUGGCCCAGGGCUAUCCCUACCAGUACCCGGGGCCCCCGCCCUGCUUCCCGCCUGCGUACCAGGACCCCGGCUUCAGCUACGGCAGCGGCAGCGCCGGGAGCCAGCAGAGCGAAGGGAGCAAAAGCAGCGGGUCCACCCGGAGCGCAGGCGGGAGCAGCCGGCGGGCCCCGGGCCAAGAGCAGGAGCGCCGGGGGCCCGGGGCGGGGGGCAGCGGCAGCGAGUCGGACCCCACGGCCCCCAGCAGCGCGGGGGGCGGCGGCUGGCGGGAGCGUCCUGCCAGCCAGCUCAGCCGCGGCAGCAGCCCGCACAGCCAGGCCUCGGCCGCCGCCCCGGGGCUCCCCCCGCUGCACCCCCUGACAAAGGCGUACUCGGUGGUGGGUGGGCCGCCUGGCGGUCCCCCCGUCCGGGAGCUGGCCGCUGUGCCCCCGGAGCUGACAGGCAGCCGCCAGUCCUUCCAGAAGGCCAUGGGGAACCCCUGCGAGUUCUUCGUCGACAUCAUGUGACCGGGAACGGCGUGCUCUCCGCUGCCCUCGUGGUGGGGGUGCUGGGGCCCCGCUGCUCCCCCAAGGGGGCUGGGGCUCAUGUGGGCUUAGCGGUGGCCGUCCCGGCCAGGUGAGCCUUCCACGGGCAUGGGGGCCGUGCGGCUGGGUCCAGGGCUGGACAGAGCAGGGGCAGCCGGCGGGCAGCCCGGGACCUGGGCUCCGCAGCCCGUGGGCCCCUGUCCGGCCGGCCACGCCCGUGGGCCCCCUGCCGCUCACAGCGCUGUGGACAGGCCCCAGGCCGAGGCGGCUGCGGGGCCAGGGUCUCACCGGGUGCCCUGUUUGCAGGCCUGUCCGUCUCAUGGGGAGUAAUUUAUUUAUUUAUUGCUCGGCCUGUGUCCUUUGGGAGAGGUGGUGGCCACGUCCGCCCAAGCCCAGCUGGGGCCGAGUCUGCACGUCCCUCCCCUGCCAGGCCUCUGGCGGCUGCAGGGACACAGGUCUUGUCUGAGUGGGGGGGGGUGCCGGUGAGGGGUAGA